AUGAAAUGGAACUAUCAUGCAGAUUGGGAGAGGAGAUUCUUUUCCCGUCAUUUUUCUGUUAAAUGGUGGGAUCGUUUUGAAGUCCACCGUAUAUCUGAAUAUUUUUACAGAGAUUUCCCUGCACUACCUCCUAAGCCUGAGCCUAAGCCUAAGCCUUCUUCUUCUCAGUCUUCCCAAAUUUCUACUGAAGGAAAAUCUAGAGUUGAGCUAAGAGAUUUAGCCAAACAGUUACUUUUGCAAGCUGAAGAAAUGCAAGAUGAUGAUGAUGACAAUGAAUCUGAAUCCUCCUCCAGCUGUCAGCCUCGGCCUCAGAGCCCUAGUCCUGAUCGCCCUAUGAGAUGGUCUGACUAUCCCCAUGGUCAAGACCCUAAUGAAGCCUAUUCUGCCUAUGAUCUGAAUUCAGACUAA